GCUGUGCGUGCGGUAGGCGGAACCCGGGCACUCUUCACAUCCCACUUUUGAGACGAUUACGAGAACAAUUUAGUGAGAAACGCAUUACGUUAACGCAGUUUGGAGGGAAGGCGGACGGACGUAGUGGACAGAGGCAAGAAGACACGCCACGGUUCGAGGCAGAGCCGAGCACCGAGAGGAGGCAAGAGCUGUGUGGAGAUAUUUGGAGUUGGAGGAGGACACUGGUACUUCUCUGAUCUCAGGAAGACUUCACUCUCAGAGCACUUUUCAAACACUUGCACAGCCUCAAACAUUGACACAUUUCAACAGAUUUGUUAUUACAUACACACCGAGGCACCAGAGCAGAUAUGAGUGAAGAUAAACCAGGCGAUACUAUGGAUACUGCCCCGGCUGAGGUGAACGCUAUUCCUAACGGGAAAGGCCAUGAAGCCGGGGAGGAGAUCACAGCGUCGGCCAAAACACCACCUGCAGAGGCCGGUAGAAAUGAAACGAUACCCAAUAGUGCCCAGAAUGCUAGUCCCCACAGAACUGAGAAUACAGAAGCCAACCUCCCAGAGAACCAGGAGUUCCUCUCAGGCUUAGACGACAAGAAGACCACUCGCUUUACAGAUUUUGAGGGGAAAACCUCUUUUGGGAUGUCCGUCUUCAACCUGGGCAAUGCGAUCAUGGGUAGUGGAAUCCUGGGACUGGCAUACGCCAUGGCCAACACGGGGGUCGUCCUGUUUUUGGUCCUUCUAACAGUGGUGGCAGUCCUCUCAUCAUAUUCCAUCCACUUACUGCUAAAGUCAUCUGGUAUUGUAGGUAUCCGUGCGUACGAGCAGCUCGGCUACAGGGCCUUUGGGACACCGGGGAAGAUGGCGGCAGGUAUUGCCAUCACGCUGCAGAACAUUGGAGCCAUGUCCAGUUACCUGUACAUAGUCAAGUAUGAGUUUCCUUUGGUCAUCCAGGCCUUUCUAAAGCUGGAUAAACCUGCAGGUGAAUGGUACAUGAACGGGAACUACCUCGUGAUGAUCGUGUCUGUGGCAGUAAUAUUACCACUGGCUUUCAUGAAACAGCUAGGAUACCUGGGAUACACCAGUGGUUUCUCCCUGACCUGCAUGGUUUUCUUCCUCAUUUCGGUCAUCUACAAGAAGUUCAAUACCCCGUGUCCAUUUGUGGACUUUGUAUUCAAUAGCACUGCCGGUGCGCUGAAUGUCAGUGCCAUGGAUCCUGGUGGGGAUCCUGAUCCUGCCUGUAUUCCCAAAAUGGCCAACCUCAACUCACAAACGGCCUACACCAUCCCCAUCCUGGCGUUCGCCUUUGUGUGCCACCCCGAGGUCCUGCCCAUCUACACAGAGCUGCGCAAUCCCACCAAGAAAAAGAUGCAGCAUGUGGCCAACAUCUCCAUUGCAGUAAUGUACGGCAUGUACUUCUUGGCUGCCCUUUUUGGAUACCUAACUUUCUAUGGUGAAGUGGAAGCAGAGCUGCUUCACACCUACAGCCGUAUUGACCCGUAUGACAAUUUGAUUUUGUGCGUGCGUGUGGCUGUGCUCACCGCUGUCACACUCACUGUACCCAUUGUGCUCUUUCCUGUACGGAGAGCGAUCCAGCAGAUGGUGUUUCCCAACAAGACCUUUAACUGGCCCCGUCACAUCGGCAUUGCCUUCGUUCUGCUCACUUUCAUCAACUUGCUGGUCAUCUUUGCCCCCAACAUCCUGGGCAUCUUUGGGGUCAUUGGUGCCACAUCUGCCCCUUGUCUCAUCUUCAUAUUCCCUGCUGUCUUCUACAUUCGUAUUGUACCCAAAGAAGAGGAGCCAAUGCGCUCGUUCCCCAAAAUCCUGGCCGCCUGUUUUGCUGGGAUAGGCGUCCUGUUUAUGAUAAUGAGCUUGAGCUUUAUCAUCAUUGAUUGGACAUCGGGCAGCAGCAAAGCCGUCAGUGGUCACUAGGCACCACCUUCCACUUUUAUUUUCUUUCAGGUUUUAUAUUGUUGAUUUUAGAUCUGUGUUGUAAUGUUACAGUUUUUACUUUGAAUGAUGUUUGACGUUGAAGAUGCCCUAUUGUUUCCAUCAGAGAAUAUUGGCCACAGAGAAGGAGUCUAGAGUUCAGGAUGGCUCUCAAUUUCUCCACAAAAGCUAUCGCUCUAAUGACAUUACACUGCACUGUACAUCCUGCCAAACAGUGACUGCAGUUCCAGGCCAGUAGACUUUCCUGGAAAGUUGAUAAUAGGUUGUUGACAUUUGGAGGCUGUGCCUUGUGAGAUGGAUGUAAAAAAGAAUAUAGACGUAACAAUAUAGAAAGCUGCUGUCUUUAUAUGCCUGUCCCUGUGUUGGUUGUGAGCAUCUGCUGCCCCUGGCCUACCCUGUCGUCUCCCUAACAUGAUCUGAACACUGCUACUUAGACUAUAAUACACAAUCUGUGGCACCUCAAUUUUACCUGAUGAAGGACAAAAAUCUAUUGAAUGAUAGACAUGAUGUUUAUUAUUAUUAAGUUAUUUGAAUAACUACAUAUUUGCCACUCAGUUAAACAUUUUCUGGAAAUACGCUAACCCACGUUGUUGCAGAGGAGAUUGAUACCAAUCAGCUGGUUAGCUUAGCAUAAAGACUGGAAAAUGUUGAACUGUUUCUUUAAAGUGUGCAGCCUUUAGCUCUUACUCCCCUUGGUUGAGCUGCUAUUAUUGUUAUUUUAAGGUUUGGAGGUGUUCACAUUCCCACCUCUGACAGAGCAGGGUGAAAGACAACAGAACAUAUGUGGUAUGGUGUUGUGAGCACAUUUAUCAAAACAUUCCUACACAAUAUGAUCUAGAUGUAUAUUUUUUAUUAUGAAUCACUACUUGAUGAAAACCUCAAAAGAUGCAGUAUAGACUGAUGACAUGAUCCUCAGGUGAGAGGCAGGUUUCAGGUUAUGAGCGUUGUUAAAUGGUUCUUGGCUGACUAUAUCAUUACAUUAAACAAUGCCUGUAUUGUACACAGAGUUUCCCUCCAGUAUUACUGUGUAUGUGACGUGAUCGAUGACACUGGAGACUUCAUCAGUUGGAUUGUUCAAGUGAUAAAUGAAAUGAAAAAGAAGAAAGUUACGGCUCAGUGUUCUUAAUGAUCGAGCAGGGACGAGUUUUACCUGGGUGAGGUGUUGUUUCUGAACAUUUACUGGAAGUAAUCAGAGAUAACCAAAACAACAAAACAACAACAGGGUCACUUCAGCAAAGUCACUUCAUGAAGUGGUUAGUAACAGUUUGGUGACUAAAUAUUUCUGUGUCUAGCACAAACUUGAUCCCUAACAGAAAUGGAAUAACUUCUCUUUAACAAUCUUGACUAGUUGUUGGUUAGCAGGAGCACUUUCUGUUUGAUAAGCACAACUUCUUUUAGCCAUUAAUAAAUUGAAACACAAGAAAAUGAUUUAUGAGAAAUUCACAUAUUCGAUAGAUGUGAUUUAAGGGCAUGUACCUUUUGUAUAACAAAAUAUUUGGUGAAGUAAUCAAUCUAAUGUAGAUUACAAGAAAAUGUAACGUAUCGAUGGUAUAAUAUGGAUGUCUUCUCAAACAUUACUUGAAAUAACGUUAAGGUUAGUUCUCUUGUAAGCCCCUGCGAUCAUGAGCUUCCUCCUCUGGUCCGUUCUGUAGAUAAAACAACUAAUGAAUUGGAUGUACUGUUGGAGGUUUUUAAGUGUCCGUGUUGUUUAAAAAAAUAAAACAUGGGUCCACUGUAAUUGAACUAUAGUAUCUAUAUGCAUUAGUGUUGUUAAACCUGGACCUAUACUCUGAUCAGAAGUAUAAUUCAAGUGUUCGUCUCCUGCCAUUGAUAGAUUAACUGUUGUUUUAAACUUCAUGUUUAAUGUUUAUUCGGUUAAUCUGACCAGUGAUGAAAUGCAAAACCUGCUAAUGAUUGAUUUUAUGUUCUUUUUAUUCUCAUAAUUGUCAUUUGUAGUCAGUUGCGUAUAAUCAGUGGUAUAGUUUGGGUCGUUUCUGACUUCCUUGCUGCUUCUUGGCAGACGGUAACCUACUAACUCGGAGUUGUUAGUGAGCUGGUGUACUUGCCUACUUUACAAUAUAUUUUUAAUGAUAAACUCUGUUACACCGGACUACAGUGAGUGAUGUAUGGGUAAGUGAGUAUUGUCCAGUCAAUUUGUUACACAAAAAACCUCUUUUAAUCCCUUUUCCCCCCCAUUGUAUCUCGAUAUUUGGUUGUCUUUAUGUAUCUGUACGCAGAGGGAAUCAUGAGAAUCAGCCACUGGGGCAUAAAGUAGUGUUUGGUGUUGUUUAACCAAUGCAAUGGUUAUAUUUAUCCCCGACUUCCUGUUCCUAGUUUGACCUUAGUGAGUUUUCCUAUGACUCGCACAUAAAAACACUUCUAAACAUCACAACACGCAAAAGGGCAGCACAGUAAGGGGAUGAUCUCUGAGGACCUCUAUUUAGAUCUCAAUGUUGUUAGUCUCCCUCUUUGUGUGAUUUAUUGUAUGAUUGAAUAGUAACAUAUUAAAUAUUGACAUUGGCCAGCAUUUAUAAAUAAUGUAUAUAAAUGUAUACCCUUUAUAUUCUAUAUGCAUAUCUAGUUUGUACAAUGUAAAUAGCAAAUUAAAGUUUUAGCCCAAUUAAAAAUAUAAAUGUAAUCAUUUUAAAAGUGCUUUUAAAUCUUUUUGUCCUUCAAUUCAUGUCGAUUUUCUUGUAUCUCUAUAUAUUUUAAUAUGUUGCUGGCAGUUGUUGUACUGUAAACAAUGUUGCAAUAAAGAUAAUGAGGUA